GUGAGGGGCCCUUCUCUCUCAUGUUAAACUCCUGAAAGGACCUCCGCGUUAUGCUGAACUACUUCUAGCACAAAUGAGAUACUCCCAUCUUGUUUAAUGGUGACGCUGAUUUCUGUCGAAAAAGAUCUGAGCGCGUUCGCGGACUUACAUCCGUGCUGAGCUAGUGUCUGGCCUCUAGUUCGCGUGUGCACGCUGGAGGUUUCAUAUACGUCACCAGGUAGAAGGUAUGGCACUUUCCACUGUGUGCUUCCGUAGUUCUACUGUUUCCUACACAUGCAGUCCCAGUCACAUUCCUGCUGCUUCCACCCCUGCCGAUAAGAUCAGAAAUGAGACUGCCUGGACGGCAGGCUUCGCGCGAACCCUUGAAAGUGCAGUCCGAGAUUCGUUAAUCUAAAUUAAAAAGUGUAAUGUUCGCUCUACACGUGUUCAGAUUUUGGAACGACAACGGUUGAUUGAUUGGCGUUGCAGAAUACUGAAAUUCAACAAUUUUAGCCGUCUUCAGCAUUCCAAUGGGGUGGCGGUGUACAACAAUCACAGGGAACUUGGUUGUGUGUAUGUCACAACUAAAGACGUCACUUAUGUGUAUCGUAUGAUCUGGCUAAACCAGUAAACAAGUUUUUUCAAUAAUGUUUGGUUUAGUGGAAAGGAACUCGCUCUACAGCUGAGCUUGAGUUACAUAGUCUCGCGUCAGUGCCAUGUCACCGUCAUGCCCAUGCAUCCACGGACCUCGCACUUCCAUUUGUGGUUCCGUACUCUGUGAUAAAUGCUUUCCGACAACAGAGUUCUCACGUCCUCUACUGAUGGCGUUAACUGGUGGCCUUAUCUUGGAUUUUCGCGGCUGAGGGACAUUUGAGUGUUGCUUACCCGCCUCAGUGCUUGUCAUUUCUAUAGACGAAAGUUGACACGCUGUGUAUCUAAGGACUGUGGCAUCCUGUGAUACCAGAGCUAUGUCACAGAGUGACUUGUUCCGUCACGGCGAAAUCAGUGCCAAAUCACAAAAAGCUGGGGUGGGAUUCUUGGUCAGCUUUUUUCGUUCGGAGGAAGGCCCCCAUAAUGUAAAUGAAGCUGAAGUUUGUGCCCCCGUGGAGGUGCAGUCUGAAUGCGACGACGAAGACUUUGCCAACAGCCUUCUCAUGGAUCUUUCCUCUCCCCGUAAGACUGGUGAUGUCUCCAGUUACUUCCCUGCGGACGAUAUCGUCUGCUCUGUAACGGCUGACAGCCCAGUUGACACUAAACACACCUUGGCCGUCUCACAUGCAGAGGAAGUUCGCGCAGAAAAGACAUCAUCUCGGGGAUCUGUUUGGGGUAGUGCCAGUUUUUUCGAAAGGCCACAGACACCUCCUGCGGCUCGGGAUGCGCCGCGGGUUUCUUCCGGACGUGCGGCAGGGACCGUUCUACAGACUAGACGCACACGCAUCCCGACAGGAACUCCAGGAGAUGCCUCCUCUGAUGGUAGUUCACCAGCGUGGAGGGGUAAGCAGUUCCACGUGGCUUUUCAAGGGAGUAAAGAAGUCACGGUUGUGGAAGAUGAAACUGCAUCAACUAGAAGUGAAACCCAGGAUGGGUGCCAACAACGUGAGGGUGGCACGUGGGAGCAGGCCAAAGAAAACUCGAUUUCAUCAUCGGAGUCGGUGGCUCGACCGCUAACACACAGUGCAGGCCCGUAUUUGAGGCGCAAAGGCGACCUCCAGAGAACGGUCAAAUCGGGUGUUUUUUUAACCGGGGCCCUGACUGUCCCAGUCGCGCUUGUCGCCAUCGCAUGCAUCUCGCCGUGGAGUUUCGGCUCCGGCUUGUCACUCCUUGUAGGUGGGGCACUUGUUUUCCUUUGUGGCUACUUCGGGACCACACUCAGUUCGCGACCACUCCUCAUUGUCUACCUAGCACUGCUCUGUGGUCUCCUGGCUAGUCUUCUUGUAGCGACUGUAUUCAACACCCACCUCGCCGUUCAAGCGUUUAGAGCUGUACGGCAUGUGUACUUCGAUCCGUCUGAGGCGACCACCACUCGCAGAUUGGAAACCGCAGUGGUCUCAUCUCACAGCUCAACAUCAAAAGUCACGCUUCCUCUGGCGCUUGAGAUCCCCGGGCGAACGAACAUGCAAGGAAUGCUGACAAAUUUGAGGAAGCCGAGCUUCCAAAACUUGCCCGUGCCGUCUGCUACAGCAGCUUACCGGGAACAAAGGUUCAUCGAGGCAGCGGAAGUUCAGCAGUCUUCCAAAAACGCGAAACACCCCCGCAUUUAUGACAUGCGUCACGCUUCCGGAGACUCCUUUGAUGUGACCGGAGCUGUGGGGACACGGUUCCCUCGCGCCCCAGUGGCCGAGAGGCGCUUGUCGCCUCUUCAGGACUCUCAGAAAAACAACGCGACUCCUGUACAAACGACCACAGAGCCUGUCAUUCGCGUUGAAGCCGAGAGAUGCAACGCAGUUCCCCUUUCGCUCACCAAGUACAUAGGCCCGACAAAAGUUCAGCUGGAAACGUACGGCUUGCUGUGUGGUUUUUCCCUGUACAAUAUUUGGGGGGUUGUGGACGCUUGGGAUGUUGACUGUGAGACCUUUUGCGGCUUCAAAUAUCUCGCGACUAAGAGGUACAUGUGGAAUGUUGGCAAAGAAACCUUGCGGCAGGGCGAGAGUGAAGCCGUGACAGCAGGGAUGGGUCCAGGGUCUGCGGGACGCGUUUUUGCGUUUCGAGAACAGAAAAAAGAAGCUACAGGUCGCACAAAAGAACACACAUGGAGUGUCAAUCGACUUCAGGAGGAGACCGGGAAGAGGGAAGCGCACGAAUCACAACCCGCUGAUGUCGCUCGGGUAACGUCACGAGAAGACGCCCUCGCGACUUGGCGAGAAAACACCUCUGUUGCCGACCAAAUCAAAUGCAUGGAGCUUGCUCUCAACCUCUCCUGCGGUGUCGUCAGAUCCUUUUACCUUGUCCUUCUCCCCGGGCUAAGUGUAGUGAUGGUUGUGACGUCCCUCGCCCUGUUCACUGCUGGAACGUCUCUUGUCAAGAAGGGCAUCCAACUGAGUCAAGAGUUCGCGAGAUGA